AUGCGACCAGCUCUAAGGCAAGUCAGGACGCUGCUGAACCAUGAAGCCUCGAUACCACUGUUCCUCUGUCCCGCAUUGCUCAGAGCGCCCAUAAUCGCACCUCGCCGCCAGGUCCCCGAGCAUCCAACUCCAAAAGCAUACUCGACUCUUGUUACACCUCAAGAACAAAUAAACGCCACUACCCCUUCUGCCGACAACAGCCAAAAUCUCCCCAGACAUCCUCCAGCACAGGCAUCCUCAACUCAAAGGCAACUGCCACGAGCAUGCCCGGGAUGCGGUGCGCCGAGUCAGAUAUACGACAGGAAGGAGGCUGGAUAUUAUGACGUCGAUAGGAAUGCGAUACGGGAGUAUUUAGACUGGGUUCCAAACAGGCCCAAAGAGGCGACUGCCCAGGACGACAUCUAUACCAAGGCGCUCAAAAAUGUAAAUCCCGAGUUGCUGGAAGAAUUGGGGCUUCAAGACCAGAACUCCGAGACACCGGAAGACAACGAACCGCCUGCUACGCCUGUAUGCGACCGAUGCCACAAGCUCCUCCAUCACCGCGUAGGAUCGCCUAUACACCACCCGACCGUCGACUCUAUACAGCAGACAAUCGCAGAGUCGCCCCAUCGCCGCAAUCACAUCUACCAUGUCGUUGAUGCCGCCGAUUUCCCGCUUUCCAUCGUACCCAACCUCCAAUCGUCCCUGCGAAUACCCAAACUUCGAACACAGAACAGACGAGCAAAGCACAAGGGGUGGGUGGCCAAUGACCGCAUUGCAGAGGUCAGCUUCAUCAUCACAAGAGCUGACUUGUUAGCGCCAAAGAAAGAGCAAGUCGACGUCUUGAUGCCAUAUGUCCGAGACGUGCUUCGAGAUGCGCUAGGACGACAAAAUGCGAAUGCGCGGUUGGGUAACGUGCGACUUGUGAGCGCAAAGCGGGGGUGGUGGACCAAACAGGUCAAGGAAGAUAUUUGGGAGCGUGGAGGCGCGGGAUGGAUGGUUGGCAAGGUCAACGUGGGAAAGUCAAACCUCUUUGAAGCCGUCUUUCCCAAAGGACGAGGAGCAGACUACCAAGACGUGCGCAAGAUUCGGAGCGCAGCCGAGCGUGAGACAAUGAUCAAUAACGCAAAGACACUGGAUGAGCUCACGCAGGUGUAUCAGCAGCUUGCCGAAGAAGACGCCGAGACGGAACGUCUGAAGAACAAACCUCAAGAACAUCUGCAUCAGCCUCCUGAAGAAGUUGAGGACCAGCCCGAAGAGGACGAACUCGAUCCUGACGCGCUCCUGCCACCACCGCAGCCAUACACCCCCUACCCUGUCCUUCCCAUUGCCUCCUCUCUUCCCGGAACAACAGCGUCUCCAAUCCGCAUUCCAUUUGGCAACAACAGAGGCGAGCUCAUCGAUCUCCCUGGUCUUGCACGCACAACACCAGGCCUAGAGACAUUUGUCCAGUCCACCGCACACGAUGAUCUUGUAAUGAAGAACCGCAUAAAUUCCGAACGCUACACCCUCAAACCAGGACAAUCUCUCAUCCUCGGCGGUGGACUGAUCCGCAUCACGCCCGUCACCCCCGACCUAGUCUUCCUCGUCCAUCCCUUCGUACCAAUCCACCCCCACGUAACCCGCACAGAAAAAGCCGUAGACUACCAAGCGCAAACUUCGGACCGCCAGCUCCAAGUUCCGCCUAUACUCGCCCCCAAUGUAGGCUCUAAGAUGAACUCCGCUGGUCGAUUUCAGCUCAAAUGGGACGCUACCAAGAAACUUGCUGGUCCCGUCACGUCGCCCAUGGCCGGUAAGAUGAAACCUGAGAAUCUGCCUUUCCGCGUAUGGAGCACAGACAUCUUGGUUGAGGGUGUAGGAUGGAUAGAAGUCUCAGCGCAAACCCGCAGACCGCAAGGCUGGAAACCCUCUGGCCUAGUCAAGAAAGAUCCCAACCAAGCCAAGUUCGACCGUAUCACGCGUCUCAAGGAGGAGGAAGAGCGGAAGAAUCGAAAAUUCGCUGCGAUUGCGAGGGCAGAGGAAGAAGGGAGAGAUCCGGAACAAGUGCUCGAGGAAGAGUUCUACGACGACCAUAUGAAGGAUCGGAUGGCGGAGUGGGAGGAGGAUUAUCCUGAAGUGGAGGUUUUCAGUCCGCUGGGCAAGUUUGUGGGACAGAGGAGACCGAUGUGUGCGAGCAUGGUUAGUGGGCCCAAGUAUGUGGCUAGUAGGGAUAGGAAGGUUAGGCCGAGAAGGAGCAUGGUCAGCGUGAAGAAGCAGAGGAAGCCAAAGGGCGCUGAGUAG